CUCUCACACAGCCAGAUAUAUAAUAGGUUGGACAGAGAGAAAUUGAGGAGACGACCACUCUGUCAGGAGCUUGUUUUCCCUUGACUCAACUUGCCUGCGUACACCAUGUCCCAGCCUGGUGAGGUGAAGAAGAAGAAGAGGCCAGUGAUGAAGGAGGAGGACCUGAAAGGGGCCAGGAGCAAGCUGGGCCUGAAGGGCGAGGUGAAGAGCAAGACCUACGAAGUGAUGGUGGAGUGUGAGCGCAUGGGGAAGGUGGCGCCCUCUGUCUUCAGCAACGUGCGGUCUGGGGGAGAAACAGCUCUCCAGCAGCCUGGCAGCAAGCCGUCGGGCAGCGUCUUUGGGAAGUAGCGCUGUGCAGUACACACAUCCCUCACUCUGCUGUCCAUGGAGUUUGAGAGAGAGAGACUGAGAGAGAGCGAGAGAGAGAGAGAGAAUUUGCAGAAGGAUUGAAAGAAGAACUUUCUCGAAAGAUCUGUCUCAUGCUAUGUGUUUAUUGGUGUUUGUGUGCACCAAUAUGCCAUCUGCACACAUAUGUAUAUGUCUGAUCUCCAUAUGCCAGUUAUUUUUAUAUGUAAUUUAAGUUCUGUGCAUAUGCUUUAGAAUAUAAAGUACAUGAACUGUGUACAUUACAGUAUAUGUACAUAUGAAACCAGCACUAAUUUAUAUCAAUUGUAAAUAUAUGGCAAAUAUUUUGACAUAUAUUAAAAUAACUUUUCUUA